AUGGACGGAGAUGGAGAUGGAGAUGGAGAUGGAGGUGGAGUUGGAGUUGGAGUUGGAGAUGGAAUUGAAGAUGGAGAAGGUGAUGGAGAAGGUGAUGGAGUUGGAGAUGGAGCUGGAGAUGGAGAUGGAGAAGGAGAUGAGAAUGAAGAUGGAGAUGAAAAUGAAGAUAUACCUCAAUACCCUCACCAUUUCGCACAUCCUCCCACCUUGAUUAUUCCCAUCUCAUAG